UACGUCCCUCCAUUCGUAACAAGGAGAGGAUCGUGGUAUCCUUCAUGUUUUCUUCGUUACCGAACGACAACGUAAUGUUCGCCAUCUCGUCCUGGGAGGCCGCAUUGAGUUGGAGUAUACAACAGCAACCGCAACACCAACUGCUAGUGGUGGACUCGGUCGCGCAGCAGCAACUGCAACCGCAACAGAUCGUCGCGUUGAAUCAAAUCGUCGCAUCAAAUCAGAUUUCAUCAUCGGGAGGUGAUCCGCAGCAACAACAGUGCCACAAAAUGACUGACCAGCGAGACCAGCAGCAGCAGCAACAGCCGCAGUCCCAGUUUCAGCAGCAGCAGCAACAACAACAGAUCAAAGGCAAUGAAGAACCAAGAACGAAUCUGAUUAUUAAUUACCUUCCGCAAAACAUGAAUGAGAAGGAGCUGUACAGUCUAUUUGUCACGAUUGGUCCGGUCGAAUCCUGUCGAGUCAUGAAGGAUUACAAGACUGGGUACAGCUAUGGCUUUGGUUUUGUCAACUAUGCGAAAGCUGAGGACGCGGCGACGGCGAUAAGCACAUUAAAUGGUCUUCAAGUGCAAAAUAAACGUCUGAAGGUCUCGUUCGCUCGGCCAUCUGGAGAAGAAAUUAAAGAAACGAAUCUUUACGUUACGAAUUUACCAAGAAAUAUAACGGAAAGCCAAAUCGACGAACUCUUCAGUAAAUACGGCAAUAUUGUGCAGAAGAAUAUAUUGAGGGAUAAACUGACCGGUUUACCGAGAGGAGUAGCGUUCGUUAGAUUCGAUAAGAGGGAGGAAGCCCAGGAGGCUAUCGCACAACUUCACGGUACAAUACCGGAGGGUGGAUCAGAGCCGCUUAGCGUAAAAAUCGCAGAGGAACAUGGCAAACAAAAAGCGGCGUAUUAUGCGGGCUGGCAGGCGGGAUACAAUCAAAGCCGCGGAGGUAGCGGACUCGGAGUCGGCGGUGGCGGCAGCGGACGGGCUCGGGGCAUCGGGGGUCCUGGAAUGGGCAUGGGUGUUGGCGGCGGUGGUCCGGGAAUGUUGAGCCGGGCUGGUGGUUUUGGGCCGCGUGGUGGUGGGCCUCACAGUGGCAGCUUCCUGGGUGGAGGCGGCGGCGGCGGCGGCGGAGGCGGCGGCGGCGGCGGCGGCGGCGGUGGCGGUGGUCCGGGUGCCAUGCGGAUGGAGAAGAUACACCCGCAUCGAUUUAAUCCGAUCGGAAUGGGAGGCGGCGGUAGCGGCGGUUACGUGCAGUCGCACUUCUGGUGACCAUCGCGAUGUGACAACGACGACAACGGUGAUGAUAACGAUAACAGUAACAGUGACGAUGACAAUGACGACCGUAAUGGAGAUACGCUUACAUUCGCUGCAACAUUGAUCGCUGGCUGAAACCCUCUCUACUCAUCUCGUUCGAAAUAAAGUUCACGACUUUUCAUCGCUCGUAGCAUAACUCCGAGAGCUGGAGAUAGGUCAGAUAGAACCAGGUUAGACCGGUUUCCUAUUUACAAGAUGAUAGUGCACGAAAAGACAGCUCGAUACGUUAAUAGGGUCUAAGAGUUUUUAUGAAUGCAGAAAAGUUAGAAAUAUUACGUUUUGAAAGAAAUGUUUUAUCGUUUGUUAAUGCAUGUUAUUGAAGAACGUUGUUU